AUGCCCCCAGCGCCGUUGCCUCAGGAGUCGGUUGUGGUGACCGCGCCUGCAGUGGUUGAGGCCGCAGUUACUGACGCGCCGAGCUCACCGCCUGUGUCUUCGACGGUCCUGACCGAGCUUCCGGCUACAGCAGCUCUUGGUGCGCCGUCGGCUACAGCAGCUCUUGGUCCUGACCGAGCUUCCGGCUACAGCAGCUCCUUGUCAUUCCUCAUGUCCCAGCUGGAGACCACCUCCUCUGAUGAUCUCGAGGAGUUAUACGCCAGCCUCCAUGAAGAGGGAGGCAGCUCGACCUCGGCUCCUUUGGACGAGGAUUCCAGGGCUGUUGUUGAAAAACUCCGGGAGUUCCUUUUCUUUGGGGUUCACCAAAUGACCACUACCGAGGCAUUCAUGGAGUUCAGGUCUUGCCUGGAUACAGCCAUGGCAAUGGGCUUGCUGGACAAGCUCUAG